UUUAGACUUGCAUCAUCGCCUACACUGCAUUUCGGAUGAAAAGUCGCACAAGGAGUGCUGGUCCCUUACUUUGACUAUUGGUUUGUGCUGGUCGGACGGGGCUCGUUGUUCACGCGUCCUGUUUCAUCUUCUUAGAUCCACAUCUAUCCGCAUUCAGCAAGUGCUCCAGGCGACAUGUACUCUCUUCCAACGCCAGCAGUGCUGCAACGUAUCCGGGAAUAUGGGACUAAAUUCUUCCAUCGGUUUGGAAUACACUGUGCGACCCAUCAAGUCCGACUGAUCCUCGUUUCCUCAAUCGUCAUCACCUCGCUCUUGUUCCCUGCUAUCGCAGUGUACUCGUCACCUGAGACCCGCUUCUUUGCUGGCUUCACACUCAGCUCACUCGACCCUUUCGUGCCUUCUGAUGACAUCUCUAGUUACUUCGCGCAGCAUGACCUCCAUCAACUCUGGGAAGGACAUAGUACUCUGCGUGUACGCGAGGAUUCUGUUGCGCGAGCACAGUGCGGCGUGCAAGGAAUCUUACGCUCGGAGAGGAUACUCAUCGGCAGGGUGUCCCAAGACUAUGGUCUGGAAGCGUUGGAUCAGCACACGUUGCUUUCGGCCCUCGAACUGGAACGUCGCAUAUCGCGUGUUCUCGCGAAGCGACGCGUGCCAUGCCUGAAGACUGCCAGCGCCACGUGCUUCUCCAUCAGCCCGUUAGCGUUGUGGGAUUAUGAUGAGAGCACCUUAGCGGAGGACGGAAACAUUUUGGAUACUCUCAAUCUCUCGCAUAACGUCACCGUCUCUGGUAUUCCCAUCAGUCCGGACAUGGUCCUAGCUGGACGCGAGCUUCGUGAUCCGAGCUCUUCGGAUGUUGAUUCUGCUAUGUUUUUGGCCCUCACAUACUUCUUUCCGGACCGGGAUUGCGUUGGUAAUGUGGGCCAUUUUCAAUGGUUGCGAGCCCUUGAAGAGGCCGCCGGAUAUAGUGGCGAUCUGCUUGUGCAAACUCAAACGCCCAAACUGAUCGCUCUUGAGUAUGACAAGGACGCUUCCACAAAAAGCCGUUUUAGUAUCCUGUCCGUGUUCUGCUACAUGGCCUAUGUCGGUCUCUUCGUCUAUUGCGCGAAGGAGAUGAGACAUAUGGAUACUGUACAUUCUGGCUUCGGCCUCGCCGUGACAGGUUGCAUCGAACUGAUAGUAAGUACCAUUACAAGUCUCAGCGUCUGUGCCCUGGUUGGCUUUCGAGUGACAAUGGUUCCCUGGGAGUUAUUCCCUAUAAUUGUCAUGUUCAUCGGUGCUGAGAACAUGUUUCACAUAGUCGACGCGGUGCUCAAGACUUCAGUCACCAUUCCUGUCAAGGAGAGAAUCGCGCAGGGCCUGAGCCGGGCAGGCACAUCCAACACGUUGAAGGUUGUCUCUUACAACGCUGUUCUCGGUGUCAUUGCCUUCUUUUCCACCGGCGCUAUUCGCCAAUUCUGCGCCUUCUCGAUUGUCGUCCUGGUUGCGCAUUGGUUCCUGGUACACACAUUCUUCGUAACAGUGCUAUCUAUCGACAUUCAGCGUCUCGAGCUUGAUGAGCUCCUCAGGCAGAACACCAAUCUAGCGCCAAUCAAUAACACUGGUAGUACCGUUAGGUCUCUCCCACCACCAAGAACUUGGAGUCAGACUGUCACUGCUAUGAAGAACACAAUUCGUGGUCGAUCGGGCAAAAACCUCAGCCUUUUCCUGCUGCUCGCUAUUGCUGCAACUCUGUAUUAUGCUACGUCUCCAUCUGGUCUGCACAACAAGGAAACCCUCAGAAGUCCUCUCGCACGCAGUCCACUCCGACAGAACAACAGAAUGUCUGCCACUGACUUGGUAUCGCCCGCUUUUCGCAUCUGGCACACUUUGAAUCCCACCGAUGACACGUUGAUUCAUAUUCGUGUCGAAUCCCCUACUAUUCUGGUGUUAGCGUCUGCUGAAGGCCAACACAAGGAUCACGUUGUUAUCACAGACAAUGAGAGAGCUCCCCGGCCCCGCAUGUCCGGGUUGUCUCGGCUGUGGUCACGCGCAGUCAAGCCUCUCUUAUGGCUUGUAAAGAUCAUCGUUGUGCCGAUCACGAUUACGACACUUCUGCUGUAUGCGCUGCUCUUGUACCUUCUCAAGAAUGUGGAACUUCUAGAAGAAAAGCGUCAACGCCCAGAGCGAGACUCCCAAAGCUCAGAAGAGUCUUCCGUCGAGGAGGAGAUCUCAUUCACUACCCUCCCACGUGCAAUCCCUACCGAUGUCGAAGUGAUCGCUGCGAGCAAAAAUGGCAGCGUAGUUGUCACCUUGGGGCUGCAAAAUGAGGUCGUGAUUUGGAGGACCGACACGCGGACACAUAUCACGGUAGAUACCUCCUCGAUCCUGCUAUGCAGCUCUAGUACCCAAUCGGCGGCGACGACACUCAUGACUGUAGCCGUCAACGACGCGGGAACUGUCUGUGCUGUUGGCUCCGGUACUGGAAUCAUCGGGGUAUGGUCGAUCGGCAGGGAUAGCGUGAAACCUCUCACUCAGCUUUCACUGGAAAAUGCAGCUAUAUUCGCGGUCGCACAGUUGCAGUUUGCUACUUCCCAGCACCACCCAUCGGCUCCAAUCCUUCCAUUCACGCCUUCCCAACCGUCAGAAACCGUGCCAUCCAUCCCCAAGAUUUCCUUAUACGCGGCAUACGAGAACGGUUCCGUUGUGAAGUGGGAGAUUGACGCAGUGCCGAGGGCGCACUACGUUGCACCGUCCCGCUCAGCGUCGAUCAUCAAGUCCAUGCUGUUGCCCGUGCAUGGCGACAAUCAUUUGUUGGUCGGCUUCUCUCUUGAAGAUGGGACGUUUGAACUUUGCGACAUCGAACAACGAGAUCGACCGCUAGUACGCAAUUGCUGGAUUGCUGCCGGAAACCCGCAUGAUCUGGUUUGCAGGGUCGACCUCUGCAAAGUGGAGCUCGGAGGGAAGAACCACGUAGUAAUUGGAGCUGCCACUCAAGCGGGUAUUGUGUCUCUGUGGGACGCAGGCACGCGGGAAUGCCUCUUCAUAAUGGAGGAGACGUUUGGGGAGAUAAAUCACUUACGUCUUACCCCAGUGAAGCUGAGCACUUGCACCGUAUGCGGAGAGUUACCAUGCGAAAACUUCUUGAUAUCCUUCUCCGUUGGUCAGGUCAUCCUCUUCUAUCGUGCAUAUCUGUACCUGCCAACAAGACGAUGCUCUUGUCCGCGGAAUCAGCCUCAGCCAGCGGUCAGGACGAGUGUCCUCGGACAUCGGUCACGGAGUGGUAGUAGCGCCUCGGUGGUCUCCAAUGGCGCCACCACGCCUACUCACCGACCGAAAGUGCCUUCCGUCUCAUCUACAAGCUCAGCGCUGAAUGCAUCCAUGUUUCCUGUAUCUGCACACGGCGUCCAUUCGCGUAGGGCAACCGAGAAGGAAAAUCUACGACGGAACCAUGAUGCCUUUUUCAUCAACUCGGAGGGCGAUGACUCAGAAACGCGUCUCGUAGGGCCCGUGGAUGUCACUCCAGCUGCAGGAUUCCUCUCUUCGCACCCCCCGACGUCUGUCUGGCAAAGCUUGGUCGUGAUCAGGGUGGCUGAUGCUGUGUUUGAGAGGGGUAGCUGGGAUGUCGCUGGCGAUAAGAUUGUCGGAGUACGUCGCAGGCCGCGGCCACCGUUUCGGAAGCUACAGUACGACGAUACCAAAGUGCCGAUAGAAUCUCCCCAUGGACUGAGCGCCUCCACGCUAGAACGUUGGGAGCUAUGGACCUUUGACCCGGAAGAUUCACGUAUCACGACCUCCCCUCUGACUGCUCUAAGCCGCGGUGUGGAGGAAUCUGACACGCGUUCAAGCAUGGAGCAUCAAUCGGGCCGCGCACCUGCCUCUCCGCAGAGGCGCAGGAGAAGCGAUAACCUCAUCCCGCGAUUGCAUUUCACUCGCGUCGCCCCGUUCAUCAGCAGUUCUACGUUUUGCUUGGCUGGGUUUGGGAACACUGUCGGCCUGUUCAACCUGAACAACUUUACAACCUCAAGACGGCGGAGGAGGCGCUCUUCGGCAGACAGUACUAGAAGCCUAUCUAGUUAAGUCGCCCCAUUUGUUCAUGAGUUUGUACGUUUGUAGAGCUGUUGACCAUGUUAAUAUUGACCUGGAUUAUAUGGAUGACUUUGGGCGGAUCAAUUGUAUACAUGUAAUGUGCUACUAGUGGCUAAUGGAUGUGAGACGGUUUUCGAUGACCAGUAAUACUACUACUAUGAUCUAUCAUUGAUCGCC